AGAGUACUCGGCAAGUCGAUUGCAGCGGGUCAGGUUUAGCCGCAGGCCGCAGCCAUGUCGUCCCCGGCUUACGCCGCCCAAGCUCCUCCUCGACACAGGCUCUCGCGGAGAAGCUGCAACCUCGUGUUGCUGGGCAUCAGCAUCACCUUCCUCGCCAUCCUCCUGCUGUACCUGCUCUACCGCCGCUGCCGGUCGCGCCGGUCCGAGCGGCGCGCUCGCCACCACGAUGAGCCGCUUCCUACCCCUCACCUCGGGCUGAGCAUGCACCAUAUCGCUGCGCUCCCCGCGUUCACGUACGGGGCGGGGGCGGCGACGCCGUCGCCCCAGCGCAGUAAGAGGAGGAGCGACAGCAAGGGGAGAGCGGCGGCGGCGCAGUGCGCCGUGUGCCUGCAGGAGCUGGAGCACGGUGACGUGGUGCGCGUGCUGCCGGCGUGCACGCACUUGUUCCACAGCAGCUGCGUCGACCCCUGGCUACGCGCGAACGCAUCAUGCCCGGUGUGCCGUGCACACCCGGAGCCAGAGCGCGUGCGACCGGGCGAGGCUGCCCUUCCGGCGCCGAUGCAACAGCUGCGUCCCUGUGAAUUGUCGCCCGAGCGGCCUACAUCGACGACGAUCUUCGCAGACAUCUUACUGAGGAAUGGAGCCUCGACGAGCGGGUCGAAUGACAAGGUCAUGUCCAGCUCGCCGUCACAGGCACCCAUGGUGGGUGGCUACGUCAUGUCGAGAUCUCCGUCGCAGAUGCCACUGACCCAUGUGUUGGUGGACGAGGCGUGUUCAUUGGAACGCAUAGAUGCAGUUGUUAUUUAG